UAUCGAUGAACAAUCCCUUCAUUCCCUCCGUGAACUAUUAAAUCGGAUUCAUUUAGUUUUGUGAAUUCAUAAUGUAUGAUAAAAAAAUCAAACUGGAAUUGCCGGUGUUGUAGAUAGUUACCCACGAGCUCGAAAGGAAAAGUUCAGCGUCUAAAAUGACGGCAACGGUAUUCUAGACAUCGAUCAGGCAACUGUCAUUUUCCAAGUUCGGUGCCCGAGCAAAAUAUCAAUCUCCACCUUUCUUAAAUGCAUAACAAGAUUAUAAUAUAUCAGUGAAAAUUGAGAAUACGUGUGAUAAAACCAUCCAGCAUGGCACAUAGUUCUCAACCAACGGGUUAUGGGUCAACCGACCAACGAAACGAUGUACCUGAUGUGGGCUUCAGUCCUACCGAGCUGUACAAUCUCAGUGAAAAUAUCACUACAAAUAUCUAUACAAUAAAUUCAAGCUGGCGAACACUUCAAAAGGCUUAUAAUAAUGUAGGAACGUACAAAGACAGUCAGGGGCUCAGGGAUAAAGUGCACGUAACACAACUGAGUACCAAUCAGGUGGUAACUCAAACCACUAAAGAUAUCGCAAGACUGACGGUACUUAUGAGGCGAGGGGACAAACAGCUGAAAUUGCAAAUUGAAAAACUCACAGCUGAUUUCGCAGAUGCACUGCAAAGAUACUCUGACAUGCAAAAGUCCAUCGCUGACAAAACAAAGAGGCAUAUUUUAACAUCUUUGAAUAACGUGGACAAUCACGUGGAUGAUGGGGAUAAUUCGGAAAAACAGAGUUUAAUACAAGCACAAUUAGAUGAGGAGAGGGGGGCCGAACAGAGGGCUCUUGAAUUUGAUCACGGGCUUAUUUUGGAGCGUGAAGAUAGGAUAAGACGGACUGAAGGCGAAAUUUUGGAUGUGAACCAGAUAAUGAGAGAGCUGAGUGUACUUGUUUAUCAACAAGGGGAUAUGGUCGACACUAUCGAAAACAGUAUCGAGAACGUUCACGGAAAUGUUGAAGCAGGAGCUCAGGAGCUCGUAAAAGCGAGCAAUUAUCAGAGCCAAUAUCGGCGAAAAGUGUGCAUUUUGUUGUUCAUAGCAGUCAUCAUCGUUAUCAUACUGACAAUUGUCCUAGUCACGAAGUUAAGUUAGCGCUUCCAGCCUUUAUAGACUCUCUUCCUCUCUCUAUUUCUCACUCCCCCCGUUUUAUACGUGGUCUACGAGGGUUGUCUCAAUCUCUGAAGCUUUUUCAUUACUUCGAAAUUUGAACGACUUUCACUCACAAAUUGUAAAACCCUGUGAUAGUUGUUGCUACGCGCACAAAAACAAAAUCAGGAAUUAAUGCUCGUCUGUUACAUCGUUUCCUGUUGUGUAUUUUCUUUUUAAUCGUUAUUGUUAAAUAUUGAAAGUGGCCAAAGUAGUUUUUUUUUUCAAUUGCUUUACUUGCGUUUGACAUUUAUUUUCCAAACGGUCUCGAGGCUGUGAUCGUUUUGUACGAAGAGGAAAAAAUCAGCCAAAUUAUUUCUAUCAUUCGUGCAUGACAAAUUUCUCGUACAUUAUCGUCAAGUAUUUAUAGCUACGCUUUAAAAUUAAGAAGCUUUAUUUUUUCGAUCAUUAUCCCUGUGAAAUCCGUACAUCUCAUAUGUCUGAAAAAAAUUCACGGUUUGAUUCAGCAUCCCCAUCGACCGAUCGUUUUUUAUCGUUCAAUUUCGGAAUUACUCCGUUUGAUUCUGCAAGAAUGAUUUCAUCGCAUAGGAGUUCCGCGUACAUCGAUUUAACCAUUAACCCAAUAGAGAAAGUCAAAUAUCUUACCUCGAACAAUGAAAACGUAUUUGAUGAGAAAAUAAAUAAAGAGCAAAAAUGAAAUAACAGUUCCGUAAUGAUUGAGACACCCAAUGUGUGCGAGGCCCAAUUCGAUUAUAAAUGCUAACAAUUAGGCAUUCCAGAUUUCAAAAGUCCAUCAAAUACACUAUCAGUGAAGAACGCCUUUCGUUCUGUAUGAAGGAAAAAAAACGUAAAGAUGAACAAGAAAAUACGAAUAUUGUAUAUACCGCUAAAUGAAUAUCGUUCCAAAUAAUUAAGAUUGCAACACUGGCACUAGGCAAUUGUUAAAUUGUACGCGAAAUCAAAGUGAUAAUGUAAUUAUACUAUUAUAUCAAAACUUACUAAUAAUAAAAUAAAAAUGAGAAAAAUUCAAUAUA